UCUUUCAGAAACGUCACCUCUUGAAGUCUUGGCCGACUUCUCACUUUUUCUUGCGGCGAACUCUUGUCCCAGCCUAGCGCUGACUUUUCCCACUGGCCUCUACCACAGCAUCUCGUCUGGACGGCGCUUCUCUGUCAUGGAGUCUUCAUCCAGUAACUUUAUGCUUUCUUUGAGGAGGGAUUUGGCUGCUGUGAAUUACAGUCAGUGGGAACAUCGGAGCAAAAGGCACCAAGAGAAGAAGCACCUGGGGACAAGAGCAAAGCUUCCUCCUCUUCAGAGGCCUCCUAUGAUCGAUAGUUCAAGGGCGUCCAGCAGGACUCCACUGCCUUCCAGAUCAGACAGCACUCGGCCCAACACAAGUAGUGCAUUGCGGUCAGCUUGCUCCUCUCGAUGCCAUCAUUUGGACAGUUUGAACGAAGAUAAUAAUGGACCUCUUGAAAGGAAUGAUGAUGCUGUCAAUAUUCUAAAGAUACUGACCAAGGCCAGGAGGCAGGCAGUUCUCGAGUAUGAGACACACUGUGCCACCCUACAAAGCUCGAAUCGACAGUUAAUGGAGUGGAUUGAGAAUAUGGAGCAAGAUUCCGCUACGAAGGCGCGAAAAGAGAUACUACAGCAUAGCAAACUGGGGAACUCCAUUUCAGCCUUAAAGUGUUGGACUCAAAGACAGAGAGAAGGAGCCAUAGCUGACCUGGAAAGCAAAGCUGCCACCACCAAGGAGGACCUGAGAGUACUUGAGGAGCGCCUUAGGGCUCUGAAUGCAAACAUCCUAGAAGCACGAGAAGAGCUGCACACCCUGCAAACCUAUGAGGAAAGCCAGCGCCCUGAAAAAACCCAGAGGAUUUUGGAGCUUGAGGAGGAUGUUGCGCAGAAGAGGCGGGCUCAGCAGAAGGAAGAACAAGGCAUUGAGAUGGUGGCUGAGGCAGAAGUGGCCAAACUGGACGAGUCCUCUCAAAGGGAGCAGAAGCAGCUCCUGGCUUUGAUUGCAAAGACCAAGAUAUCAUCUAUGCCACGUGAAGUAACACAAAUGGCCUUAAUGAACUCCUCUAUGAAGAGACAGAUUGACAUCUACAAACAUAUGACCAGAGCACUAGAACUUGAAAAUGAUGAACUGGAGAAAGCUGUUGCAAUGCUGCUACAAAGUAGAGUAGACCCGCGACAGGAGAUUUUUAGUGACAUCCCACUUAGAAUAACAAGAUGCACUCCAGACAUGGAUGUUGUACUGGACAUUCCCAUAGAAGAACAGCUUCCUAUCUAGCCUGGCUCUCUUCUUAUCAUGGGCAACGUACACUCAUAGUGUGAAAGGAAAUGGACAAAGUGGAUUUUGGGUCAGCACAUCCCCACAGCUACCAGACAAAAGAGUACCAUGUGCUGUUUUCAUUAGGCCUAAGUGCAGGGGAUGAGGUUAAAACAAAUGGCAGAGCUCCCUGAUGUUAAUGAGACCCAUGCACAAAUCCCUGUUUAUGCAGCUCAUCCAGUCACAUAUAAAGGUUGCAGUGUCAUUAAUGACUUCAACUUGAUGAUCCUGCCAAAACUGCUGAGGUCAUUGCAUUGGCAAUAAUGAUUUUAUUAUGGGAUUGCUCAAGCGAACUGUGUGAAGAUAUCUAAUCACAAUGACGUUUCAGAAGGUCUGGCAGAAAGCCCUAUGGCAUCAAUAGUCCUCUCUUGUCUUGUUAUGUCUGUCAUUUAUCGCAUUUGGCAGCAAUACCCCUGUAAGUGGCUGGUACACUCUCACCCACGGGGCACCAUUUGAGUUUAAAUGUUUACAUUUCUAAACCUACAGAGCCACGGGGAUGGGAUGUUAUGCUGUGUACGAAUCUGAAAAAUUGGCUCAGCUUUAGAGUGCAUGUGUGACGCCAUGGCUAUGUUCUUGUUUAUUAUUAUCAGUGCUGUGCGCAUCUGUAUUAUAACACUUGUGCAAUUUGUGUUGUAAUAAACAGACACUAAAAAGCA